AUGCAACAGUACUAUACAACUCAGCAACUUCAAGGGCACACUACUUUCAAACCACACGUUCGGAUCGGGAACUGGAAUGAGGAUAUUGAGCUGCUCAAUGAAAAACAAAAGGAGUUUUUACGAGCAAAGGAAGAGGGUUUACUGCCUCAUCAAAUAAUGGAGCGCAAAAUGAAUAGACAUCUAAGUCCAAUUCCUUUAACGGAGAAGCGAGAGAAUGGUGCUAUUCAUUUUGGAGAUAUUGUCAUGAUCAAGAGUGUAAAUACAGGUGGAAUUUUGUGCAUGGAUUUAGAUACAAUAUUGCAUCAUGUCAAUGACCGUUUUGCAUGUACAACGUCCACCCUUACCACAACGCCUUGUGCAAGAAAUUGUUUUGUUGUUGAGAAAGUUCCAAACGACACGAGUGCUGACAUGAUCAUUCCUGAGGAGGAGAGUCACAUACUUCACUAUGGACAGAAAUUUAGAUUGAAGUGUGUUUCUCAAUUCCAUUCACCACUUUACUUACGUUCGGAAAAACCUUCUCCAACUUGUUUUGCUUCUGGUACAUCCUCUGCAGAGAAAUGUCAGGAAGUCUCUGUGGACCAGGUCGUCAGUUAUGAAACUGUUUGGAAAAUUCAAUAUCUUCACAAGGGGUAUCGCCUUGAGUAUGAAGGACAAGCUGUAAAUGUAAAUGAGCCAAUUGUUCUUACACACUGCGCAACAAACCAGUGUUUGAGCUCUAAUCAGAGUAUUGUAAUGUUGAAUGAUUUUGGCAAAGAGUACCAAGUUUUUUGUAAAACUUCGUUAACGAUUCACAAGACAGAGGAUGUUUGUAAUCAUUUCAUGAUUUUGCAAGCAGAAAAUCAAUAA